AUGUCCAAUUUCCACUUUGUAGUGGAAAUUAUUCUGGCUGCUGUCACCAUAUAUUCAAAUAUCUCUUCCAAAAGUUUUGAUAGUUUAUUAGGCAACAUUUCUAAUAGCCUAUUCUUAACUUCCAUAGAGAAUCUAAAUUUCAAUAUAUUCUGCAUUUCCCCAUGUAUUCUGGACAAGUUUAUGAGGAUCUAUCAGUAUCAGGCUCAUGACUUCGCCUUCAGCAGCAGUGAGGGUUUACUUCAUGCCCUCGGAGGGGCUGAAUUACUUCAGUUGCUGAAUCAGACCAUUGAGGAAUCCCUGCAGAAGUCUGGCUUUUCUCAGAAAUACAUCAAUGAGAUAGUAACUUCAGUCAUGAGAGUAUUCUUUGGCCAAAGUGCCGGUAUUAAUGGCUUUGUAGGUGCCAUAUCUUUAGCAGGUACCAGUGGCGGAAUUUGGGCAGUAGAAGGUGGCAACAAACGGGUAUGCACAGGACUUCUGCAUGCUUCUAAAGCACAGUUGAUUUCUGGCACAGUUAUUUCUAUAGAAGAGAAGACACAGCAAAAGGGACAUUCAGGUGGUACUGUGAAUCUUUAUGAAGUGACCUACAGUUCUACAUCUGCAUUAGUGAAAGAAGCGUACAAUGUCAUUCUUAUUGCAGCCCCCUUGAAUAGUAAGAUUGCCAACAUAACAUUCCUCAACUUCAAUCCACCCGUUCCUGAAUUUUCCAAUCCCUAUAAACAGGCUGUUGUAACAUUUGUCCAUGGUCGCAUCAAUGCCUCUUUCUUUGGCUACCAGGAUCCUUCCCAGUUCCAAUUAAAUAGCAUUUUCACAAUGGAGAAUCCGAAGUUGUUUAUAUACGGCAUGGUCACUGUGUCUCCAGUUCAGAACGGAAAAGCUGCACUGAACCCAUUACUGGGCCCUCGAGUUUGGAAAAUUUUCUCAUCUCAGCCCCUCGCCAAAGAGCAAAUGAACUUUCUUUUUCUAUCUUAUGAUUCCACUAAAGCAAAAACGUGGCUAGCCUACCCGCAUUACAGCCCGCCAGAGAAACUCCCACCUAUCAUCCUCCAUAGUAGAAUAUACUACCUGAACAGCAUAGAAUGGGCUGCUAGCGACAUGGAGAGGAGCACAGUUUCAGCCAAAAAUGCUGCUUUGCUGGCUUACCACCGCUGGUAUGAAAAGAUGGACAUGAUUGACCAGGAAGAUUUGCACAAAAGACUCAAAACUGAACUCUAAGUUGAAAGCCAGACUAUUAGGGGAAAAAAUCUUAAGAUUACCCCAAAUAUCAAAUUAUAUCACAAAGCUUCCACACUAGUUUGAGUUUCAGACUGGAUUACAAACUCAAAAGAAUGUCAAACUGGAGAGAAUUGAUAUUAAAGAAGAAAUUCAUAACUAUGGAUUAAGAAAUCAUUAAAAGGAAUUCAAAAACAAGAUGGUAAUAUUUUGAGAGAGUCUACUAAUAUGGUUUCAAUGCAGAAAUAGAAUAAGUCUGCCAACCUCGCCAUUGACAUCCCCAGUCGACGUUUAUUGUGACAAUAGUACAAGAAAGAAAUUUGACCAUAUAGCUUAUGAGUAUAUGAUGGAUAAACAAGGAAAAAUAAAAUCAUGGCAAGUAGUUCAAGAUGAAGGAAAAAACCUUCUGUGGUUGUUAUAUCAUCAAACGGUAUCUAAAUUGAAAGAACAAAUAGCCAAAGAAGGGGGAUCAUUAAGAAAGAAAAUGACUUUUGAACAAUUAAUCACUGGGGAUUUAAGACAACCUAUUAGGAUAAAUUUAUAAAAUGUUAUUGCAAUAUGAUUCUGAAACAG